AUGAGUCCAGCACUUGAACUGCGCAGUUCUGGAAUGCUCUGUUGGCAUCCAUCCGAUCAAUUUGCACUUAAGCCCCGACCCCGACCCCGACCCCGACUCCGCCGUCUCCGCCCCGGCCGGCCCCGCCCCCUCGCCGGCCGCCCCGCCCGCCCUCCCCCGAAGCUCCUCCACGUCUCCUUCAACCAGGACCACACUUGCUUCGCCGCCGGCACCGGCCACGGCUUCCGCAUCUACAACUGCGAGCUGUUCCGCGAGAUCUUCCGCCGCGACUUCGGCGGGGGCGGGGGCGGGGGCGGCGGCGUCGGGGUGGUGGAGAUGCUCUUCCGCUGCAACAUCCUCGCCCUCGUCGGCGGCGGCCCGGCCCCUGAGUACGCGCCCAACAAGGUCAUGAUCUGGGACGACCACCAGUCGCGGUGCAUAGGUGACCUCACGUUCCGGGCCGCGGUGCGGUCGGUGCGGCUGCGGCGGGACCGGAUAGUGGUGGUCCUGGAGCAGACGGUGUUCGUGUACAACUUCGCGGACAUGAAGCUGUUGCACCAGAUUGAGACGAUCGCCAACCCCAAGGGGCUCUGCGUCGUGUCGCAGACGGCAGGGUCGCUCGUGCUGGUCUGCCCAGGGCUCCAGAAGGGGCAGGUGAGGAUCGAGCAUUACGCGUCGAAGAGGACGAAAUUCGUCAUGGCGCACGAUUCGCGGAUCGCAUGCUUCGCGCUCUCUCAGGACGGCAAGUUCCUGGCUACGGCGAGCACGAAAGGGACUCUCAUUAGGGUCUUUAAUGCGGUUGAUGGCACUCUGUUGCAGGAGGUGAGAAGAGGUGCAGAUAGAGCGGUAAUCCAUAGCUUGGCUUUCUCAUCAACUGCACAAUGGCUAGCAGUUUCAAGUGACAAGGGUACUGUCCAUGUUUUUGGCCUUAAAGUCAACUCAGGAUCCACAGGCAAUGAUGCUUCUGGAAGUGCAUCCGAUUCUAGUUCUGUUGUUACAUCGUCAAAUUCAUCUCGCUCGUUUUUUAGAGGAGUUUUGCCUAAAUAUUUUAGCUCAGAGUGGUCUGUGGCUCAGUAUCACUUGCGUGAAGGGUCUCCAUAUAUUGUUGCUUUCGGUCAUGAGAAGAACACAGUUGUCAUUCUUGGGAUGGAUGGAAGCUUUUAUCGAUGUCAAUUUGAUCAAGUGACUGGUGGAGAGAUGACCCAGUUGGAGUACCACAACUUUCUGGAAUCCCAAGCCUCGUGAUGGUGACUUCUUUCCGGACUUUUUCUCUGCUUUAUAUUAUGUAAGUUUUUGAAUGUGUCCCUAUAUAGAACUUCCUUGUACCUUAUGUAGAUAGCAGAGUAUUGUGUAAAGUUGGCAUGUGAUCUCACUUUGUCCAGAGAGAAACGAUGUAAAGACCCAAAAAAAAAAAAAAAAAAAAAAAAGUGCCACGCUUCCUUAAUUUCUUCCCUACUCAAGCAAUUCUGGCGGAGCAAUAGGAGACGGUCGUGUAAUCAUCCACAGCAUCGUCGCCCGAUUCCGAAGAAUAUGGUUCCAGGGCUUGCGUCCAAGUUGAUUCUUUGAAGUGCUCGAGAACGAAACGAAGAGCAGGAUUCUGCGAAAUCUGCGUUCCUCCCCUUUUGAAAUGCGAAAGAUGGACACAUGCGGGGGGAACAGAUAGGUACUGGAUUUUGGAUUUAUGGGACUUGCUUUUGAAUUAUUCAAAAAGAUGCCCCGCCGACAUGUUCUGUCGUUCUGAGCACAUGUGGUCCACAGCUACAAUUUGAAAAAAAUGGGAUUCAGAAGUCGUCCUCUCGAGCA